CGCCUACAUCGCCCUCUGUCUCCCCCAGUGACACAGGCACACGCUCUCCGGCAGCGAGGGAGAGCCGGUCGGCCAAGCGUUACGGAGUUACACCGCAUCCGCAGCUGUUCAACGCGAGUCCUCACUGGCAUGGACACCGGAGGAGAGCGCUGAACAUCCAGGAACCAUGCCUACUGUCCUUGCGGGCAAAGGGAAACUUUCCAUUAUCAGUUUCCUACUCAGAUGCGCAUAUUCUCAGGUAACAAGAAGCCAACACAACAGCUGUGCCAAAGAUAUUCUGGAGGACAUGACCCAGCAAGCCUUAGGGGGUGACCAGGCCCAACGAAUACUCUACAACUCUAAGGAAGCAAAACUACCGACUGCACAACAAAGGCAAAGUCGGGGGGAUGUUCAGCAACGAAUGACCCGUCACCCUCGCGUGGCACCUCACAAAUCCAUGCUUGCUGAUGACCUGAAGCUGAGCAGUGAUGAUGAAGACACUCAAAGGGCAACUCAUGAGUCAGCUUCCUGGGAUGGACACAGCCUGUCAGCACAGCGAGCGCACACACAUAGCAGGCGAGUGAGACAUUCCAGCUCUGACUCUUCGGGCUCAGACUCCACCGCUGAGUCGCGCAGCAGCAGCCUUUACUCCCGGAGCCCCAGCCGGAGCCCAGACGUUCACCCAGAUCCUGUGUCGCCCGCCAAUACACGGCCACCAUGCAACAGCAAGGAGACUGAUCACCCCUCUGCCGCCCAGUGGCAGUUGGAUAAAUGGCUGAAGAAAUCCCGCAGAAAAUCUUCAGGCACUGACCAAGUUCCCUCCCAGAGCAUUCCAGGACGUCCUCCCUCUCCCCACACCCAAAGAGCCCCAUCUCCAGCCAGGUCCUGGGACAGCAAUCAGGAAUACAGCCCUAGCCAAAGCCCUAUUCCCAGCCCACAGUUCAACUUCAGCCACAGCCCCAGCCACCUACCUAGCCCUGGUUAUAGCUACUGCCCUAGCCCCAGCCCAUUCCCCAGCACAUGCCCAAGUCCCAUCCCUAGCCCAGGACACAGCCCUAUUCCCAGUCCGGUUCCAAGUGUUUGCCCCAGUCCGUGUGGGAGCCCGAGAGCCAGCCGUAGCCCUAGCCCUAUACCUAGAGACCCUCCAAGAAGCCCCAGUCCAGGCCCACCUACUCCCACCAGGGUUCGGCACUGCCCUGAGGUUCAGAGAACACAACCUAGCCUAACGACCAAUCCCCACAAGACAAAAAAUAGGUCAUGGAUUACCCCAUUGCCUAACACCGACACCAAGAGCAAGCCCACAAACAGCACUCAUCUUCAGCCAACUCACCAGCACAGGCCCAAGACUCGACCCACACAGGACCAAGACCAAAGCAAAUCCAAGGCUUCUGCUGUUUUAAAGUCUAACCAGGGUCACUGCCAUAAAUCUAGACCCAAGCCUAACUUUCAUCCUAGUUCUAAACAGCUCUCUGAGGCUCCCAAACACACAUCACAUUUUGAACAAAACCACAGUAGCAGAUCCAACCACAACUCCAAACACAAGUCCAGGCCUUCAAUUCAAUCUAGCUCACAACAUAGCCCCAAAACAUCGAAGCACUUAGUUCCAAAUAGCCGUGAAACCAACUCUGGUCAUAGCUUGCUAUCCCAAUCUACCCCUAAAGCGGCAACUAAUCAUAAUACUGGGUUGAGCUCUAGAUCAAACCCCAGCCUUAAACCUAGGGCCAAGUCUUCGGAGGCUACAGCCCCAACUCCUGUGCAUGUUAAUCAUACUAAAGCAACACAGAAGAAACCCCAAUCCAAGGAGCAGGAGGUAGACCUCAGAGGAGAUCAUCUGACCCAAGCUGAGGGCAGAGAUCACGAGAGAAAAGCAGACAGACAUCGGAAAAAACAACAAGGGAAACAGGAUAGAAAGGGAGACAGGAGGCUGGCGGAGGAGCAGCUACUGAGACGUCCCUGGAUCCACAGUUCAGCGGAAGAAGAGGAGGAGGAGGAGGAGGAGGGGGUAGGAGAGAGGCAGAAAAGGAGAGAGGAGACAGCAAGAGGGGAAAACAGGAGAGGGAGGGACCAGCAACUUAGACGUGAAUGGCAAACAGUCCAGGUCAAACCGAGAGUGAGUACCAACACUGAGCGACACCGCCUUGAACACGAGUCACACCAUCCGGGGAGGACAAAAAAGGGAGGGAGAAGUGAGGAGGAGAGAGAGUUACAGCAAGACCCAUCACCCCCUCCGUCACGUUCCCCAACUCCUCACAGACCAUCCUCCUCGCCCUCUGUCUCCUCCUCUCCAAAUUCAGAUUCAGAAUCUGAAUAUCAGGCUCCGAUCACCAAAGUUCCAGCAGACUCCACCUCUUACAAGAGAGUCCCCAAGAGAGGGCAGCAAAGUCCGGGCAGGCCCGACGCCAGCAGGCCGAAGGUUGCGCACCCCAGAGGUCCCACCUCAGGUCAUCCAAGUGAGGGGCAGCAGAGCGAGGGGAAGCAAAAACUCUACACCCUGGUCCCAUACGGGCGAGGUGAACAAACUACAGCGCCAUCCCAGCGAGGGCUUAGAAAUCUGGUGGUGCAGAUAGACCUCUGUCUCCUCAAAAGGGUCCCGGACAGCACUACUAGUUCCACUGUUAAAAAACACUCUUCCUCUUCCUCCCCUUCAUCUACCAAGGACAAGCAAAGAGAGGCUAUGAAACACCUGUAUGUCCCUGAGACUGUGACGAAAGACAGCAAACGGAAACGCAAGUUGGAGAAUGGUGUGUCACACAGAGAAAGCAAGAGGAGUAUUCCUCAUGCGAAUGACCUCUCUGGCAACACAGAGUCAACUUUGUCAGCUGAGCGCAACUUUGUGACAGAGACUAUGCACAACGGGUACUUGGAGGAGUACUUGGACAGCAAGAGACCGAUGUCUCCCCUGUCUCCACUGUCCGACACCCCUCAGUCCACCAAGCCUCUCCUCAAAACAAAGACUUCAGAGCAGCAUCAUGUCCACAAGAACAGAGACAAGAAUAGAGAUUCUGCUGUAAAGCCCAAGAUGGAGGUGGAAUGUGUAAAAGUGUCAAGACAGCCCCAACCGACAUCCGAGUCCUGGGGCCCCGCAGGACACAGGGGGGCCGUGCCAAACAAUGAAACUCCGCACCAUGCUGAGUACUACUUACAUGAAGCCAAAAGGAUGAAGCACCGUGCAGACGCAAUGGUGGAUAAGCUGGGAAAGGCGGUGAAUUACGUCGACGCCGCCCUCUCCUUCAUGGAAUGUGGGAAAGCGAUGGAGGAAGGGCCACUAGAGGCAAAGUCUCCUUACACCAUGUACUCAGAGACAGUGGAGCUAAUUAGGUACGCAAUGAGGCUGAAGAGCCACUCUGGCCCUGGGGCGAGACAGGAAGACAAACAGCUGGCGGUUCUGUGUUUCCGAUGCCUUGCCCUCCUCUACUGGCAAAUGUUUCGUUUAAAGAAGGACCAUGCACUGAAAUACUCCAAAGUUCUGCUGGACUACUUUAAGGCUUCUCCCAAAGUGCCUUCUACACCUCCCUCUUCGAGUGACUCUGGGAAGAGCACAGGAGGACCCCCUUCGUCACUGUCGCCCGAUCCCAAACACCUCGGACGGGGUUCACACGGGGGCAGCGCCUUCCCCUCUCUCAUAAGCAUUCCCCAACGUAUCCACCAGAUGGCAGCAAAUCACCUGAACAUUACCAACAGUGUCCUGUACAGCUACGAGUACUGGGAGGUGGCAGACAACCUCGCAAAGGAGAACAAAGAGUUCUUCAACUACUUGAAUACUUUGUCUGGGCCGUUGACUCUUCACAGCAGCAUCGCUCAUGCCGUCCAAUACACCAGACAGGCUCUUCAGUGGAUACGCAUUAGUGCCAAACUUAACUAACAAGGAGAGGAUUUACUGUGACCUGCCUCACUUAGAAGAGACAAAACUCUGGAUCUCUAUGCAGCUGACAGGACAGCAACAAUAUCCCAUGUUGAAAUCCCAUGGAGCCUGAUGAUCCUCACAGGAUGUCGGGUUGCUUACUGUGUGCAAAGCCUUCUGAAGGAGCAGCCUUUUAACUUGUCACUGAUGAUGUACCCGCAGCUUCUUCCACAUCAUUGGAUUAAACGAAGAGCUGUGUGUGCCAUGGAUUUGAGGUCUGUAAUCAUUUGCCAAAUGUCCCAGGGUGACAGAAACAGGACAAUUGCUCAACAAAACUGUAUGUGCAAUUGCACGUGAAGCCUUUUUCAUACUUUGGAAUAAGUCAUUAUCCAGCAGACUGUGUCCCUCAGGCCAAAAAAGGAGAAGAUGCAAGAAAAAAGACUAGUCAUUCAUAUCCCACUUUCUACAAAGUAGGAAACUUGUUUGCAUCUUUUAUAAUGAAGGUUUUAAUGAUUUUUCUUUUAAAAUCUCUCAUGUUUUUAAUUUUUACAUGUUUUUACUGUGCAAUAUUUGAUGGAUUAUUUGUUUUUAGAAAAAAACCCGAGAGAAAUAAAAUGUUGGUGAGCCUAGCUGCUGGUUUUCAAGGUUCAUUUUAUGGAAAAAUUGAUAUUUGUCCCUUUUAUGAAUGUGGGAUUACAUAAUUUAGUGAAUAUUGAAGUUUGAUAAAUCAUUAACUUCGUGGCAUAUUUAUUGUCUUGGCUCUGAUUCAAAAGUUUGCAUUUUAAAUUCCCAGCUUCUUACAGCAUGAGUGGCAUAGGUAACAGAUUAUCACUACAGAGGAGAUGAUCUUUUACUUUCAUUACAUUUUGUUAUUAUUUGAAUUGCUCAACAAAUAAAAGAUGUGGCCGAUGAUUCCGACGUAUGAAAGUAUGACAUUUUGCAGAUACAGUCAUACACAUACUGAUUGAUACUUUGACUUCGGCAAAAUUUUUGGUUAUCAUUUAUGAACAGGGAUGACAAAAAUGGGAAUUUGUUUUCCUAUCUGUCUCGACGGUUAUAUUACUAAUGUUCUCAAAGCGUUAUAUUCCUAACAUUUUUGGACUGUUAUAUGCCUAACGUUAUCGACACGUUAUAUGCCUAACGUUCUUGCAACGUUAUAUUCCUAACGUUAUUGGAACGUUAUAUUCCUAACGUUAUUGGAACGUUAUAUUCCUAAUGUUAUUGGAACGUUAUAUUCCUAAUGUUAUCGGAAGGUUAUAUUCCUAAUGUUAUCGGAAGGUUAUAUUCCGAACGUUUUGCAACGUUAUAUUCCUAACAUUAUGGGAACAUUUUAUUCCUAACGUUCUUGCAACACUACAUUCCUGACGUUAUCGUAACGUUAUAUUCCUGACGUUAUCGUAACGUUAUAUUCCUGACGUUAUCGUAACGUUAUAUUCCUGACGUUAUCGUAACGUUAUAUUUCUAAUGUUCGUGGAGCGUUGCGUUUCAAACGUUCUCGGAAUGUUGUUUUCAGGACAUUCUUUUUUCAUUACAGUCCCUCAGAAGGUAAAUCCAUAAUUUUAUUCCUAUACCAUAUUCCUAACGUUUUCAAAACGAUAUAUGUCUUAACGUUUCUGAAUAUUCCUUCCUAACAUCCUACGAACGUUAUAUCCCUUUUUUUUUUUCCUAACGCUCUCAGAACUUUUUCUUCCUACUUAAUGGAACUUUGCAUUCCUUAUGUUCUCUGAUCGUUGUUUACCUUAAGUUCUCCAAACCUUAUAUCCUAAUGUUACCGAACGCUGUUUUCCUAAUGUUAUCAGAAUGUGGUUAUACUGUAGCAGCCUGAACCUUGUACUACAAAGCAAAGGUGUGGGGUUACCAAGGUAACCUUGAGGGUU